AUGAUUUACACGCCAUACAAGAACGGGAGUAGCAGCGUUGAGGACGAGGUUCACGAAGUGUUACGCAAUCUGCAUACGCUGGACGGUAAAAGGACAGUGAUUUUGGUGAUUCUAGUCCUGGUGAUGUUUUUCCCGUUAGUCACUAACGGUAUAGUCCUCACCACGUACGCUAGGUUCGGAUGUCUUAGACGUACCCAUGAUAAACUUAUCAUUAAUCUAGCCGUUCUGAACAUCAUCAUAGUGCUCAGUGUACCGUUCUAUGCCUCUUCACUCAUUCUGCCGGAAUAUGUUCUGACCAAGAAGCAUCUUUGUCUUCUGAACUUCACGGUGUUUCGUAGUGGGAUACUGGCCUCGUUAUUCGUGUUGUUGGGACUGGCAUUAGAACGACUGAUCUGUAUAGUCAAUCCCUGGAAAUACCGCAAAGUCAACUCAUGUCACGUGAUAGCCUGGAACAUUCGUUCAGGAUUGGUGCUGAAGUUUUAG